AUGUCCGAUGCUGAGCCCAAGCCUCUAUUUAAAAAGCGCGCGAACCGGCCGCCACCCCGUCAACGCGAAUCUGAAGACGCCACGCCAGAUGAACCAGCUGUGGAGACAAGGGAAGGCUCUGAGGGGGUAGAUGAAGAGAAAAUGACGAUUGAGGAGCUACUAGAACUCCGUAAGCUCCGUCGUCAAAGACAGGGUAUUGAUUCAACCAAGUUGAAUGCUGGCAGUACCAAGAAGAAAAAGAGAAGAGACGAAGACGAAGAAGCAGAAGACGAAAACGAAGGGAAAUAUGGCCUUAGAAAGGGUGGGCAACGUCAAGAUGGAGAUGACGACGAAGCCAGCGCAGAUGGCGCCGAAGACGUAGCAAAGAAGAUAAUCAAGUCUAACAACUUCACACAACAGACUAACAAACUAGAUGUUGACAAACACAUGAUGAAAUACAUCGAGGAGGAACUUGAAAAGCGGCGGGGCAAGCCAAACGCAUCGGGCGACACCGGGAAUUCCAACUCGUCAGAUCCAUAUGCCGAGCUGUUUCGUAUAUCCGAAAAAUACAAGCUUCAGAAGAAGCAAGAGCUCGAGGAAGGAAGUGUCACUAAUAGCAGUGCUAUGUUGACUGCAAUACCAGAAGUGGAUCUAGGAAUGGACACCCGGCUCAAAAACAUAGAAGAAACGGAGAAAGCUAAGCGGACCGUUUCUGAGAACUUGAAAGAGCAUCGCGGUAAACCGCGUGAACAGAACGACGAACGGCAUCUGACGGCGACACGAUUUUUCAAUCCUCGUCUCAAAGUUCAGUCAGAUGCGGAUGCCAUGCGAGAUGCAAAACUCGAGGCGAUGGGUCUUCCGCCCGAAAUGGAUACACGAGGAUAUAUCAAGGAGCGCGACAAUAGGCGGGAAAUGGCGACUGACGAACAGGUUAUGGAACGGUUCAAGAAACGAAUGAGGAAAUGA